AUGGGCUGCAUAUCAAGCAAGGAGUCCGUCCCUGAAGCUGCACGCGCCAUCACAUUGCCGAAUACAUCUGAACCAACGGCAAAGGACGGUGACGAGAAACCAGCUCAGAAAAACCUCUCGCGGUACCUCCAACAGAACCAUGACGCAAUCUUUGCCAGCAACAGGAAAUGGAUUGAAUCAAGACUCGAGGAAGACGCCACCUUCUUCGUCAAGCUCUCUUCGAGUCAACAUCCAGAUUAUCUAUAUAUCGGAUGCGCCGACAGUCGUGUCCCCGCGAACGAAAUCAUGGGUCUCGACGCCGGUGAAGUCUUCAUCCACCGCAACAUCGCCAACCUAGUCCCCAACACCGACCUGAACGCUAUGUGCGUGAUUGAGUACGCGGUCACGCACCUGCACGUUAAGCACAUCAUCGUCUGCGGGCACUACAACUGCGGCGGUGUGCAAGCAGCCCUGGCGUCCUCUGACAUGGGCCUCCUCAACCCCUGGCUCCGCAACAUCCGUGACGUGUACCGCCUGCACGAGAGUGAGCUCGACAAGAUCAAGGACGAGACGCAGAAGUACCGCCGCCUGGUCGAGCUGAAUAUCCUCGAGCAGGCCCGCAACGUCAUCAAGACCGCGACGGUCCAGAAGUCGUACUACCUAAAUGCGUACCCGAUCGUGCACGCCUGGGUCUUCGAUCUGAAGGAUGGCGUGUUGAGGGAUCUGAAGCUGGACUUUUCCGGCACGUUGGCAAGCAUCAAGAAGAUUUAUAAUCUGGAGGAAGAAAUCAAGUCGGCUAAGGGCACGCCGCAUUCAAUAUCUUCGGCAAUGACUUGA